UACGGAGUUGCGCCCGCGCUUUGAGACUAAGUCAAGUGUGAAACACAACCUUACUUUAUAUAAACUAUACUUAAAGUUGGUGCCUAACAAACAUUCCUCGGAUUUCACGUGAAAGUUGGGUUUUUAAAGAAGUUUAUUUCUUGUUGCUUACGAAAAAAAGUACUUAUCAACAAAAUAAAGACGAAUCACUGUGAGCAAAAGCAUUUAUAUUUUUUAAGAGCAACAAAAACACAAAAGCGUGUCAAAUCAGCAACCAUAAAGCGGGUCGUGCAAAGAUGCCAGCAGCCAGCUCACAUUCACGUCUGUUCUUCUAUUUGCUGUGCGCUGCCUCACUCCUAGCCGUUUCCAAGUCGGAUGCCGGUAGUACAAAGAACUCUUACUUUAUUUCAUACUUUUACUAUUUGGUUAUUAACUUUAUAAAUCCGUUCGCAAUGCCGAUAUUUUAUCGAUUUGUAAAUAUUUUGUCAUUACAACCACCAACUGAAGAUUUGGCCUACGACGCAGCUAUACAGCUAGGCUUGCUAAACCAUCGUCUUAAUUUACUAAGCCACGAGGAAGAAUCCAGGCAAUUAAGUUUACCAAACAUAACCCUGGGGAACAUCGUGAACCGCAUACCCUGUAGUUGUGACAAUGGCCUGUGCAAGUGCUGUGCCGGUUUCCUUUCAGUUAUAGGCAUGAACAGUUGCACAGAAGUGGCAUAUCGACCUGAAGAAUUUUCUUUCGAGUUGCGAAUGCGCGUUAACAACAACAUUUGGUUCAGACAAAAGGUCUCGGGACAGAAUCCCCCUCCAUUCUGCUUCCGGCCGCCACGUUUUAAUUUUGCUAAAGCUUGUAUUCAAUUUCAUGAUAUUUGGUUUGUCGGUCGUAAUAUGCACGUUUGCAUGUAUAUGUCAGGAGAGUUUCAGGGCUUCGAGUUGUUUGAAAGAAACUUUGACUGUCUCUUGUUUGGAGAUCACGGAGUUAAAAUUGUUCCUCCAGAGCAGGGUUAUCCUGUGAGGCCUAACGAUGUCGAUAUUGAUGAUGGAGACGAUGAUAUUGAGGACUACGAUGAGAAUGUAGUUCGCAGUUUGGCAGAAACGAUGGUUAAAUAAAUAUUAAUGAUUAGAUUUACUUAUUAAUUUUAAAUACUAUUUAUUUCAAAAGGAAUCACAAAAUCAUUUUAUAAAAUAAAACAUUUUUUAAACAU